AUGGUGAAGAUCAAGGCCCUCCUGUGGAGCAGUGUGGGGUCGUUCCUGUUUGAGGCCUUCAAGUGGGUCUUCCAGUGCAGCGAUUACGGCGGCGGCUUCAGCGUGUGGCCGACGUUUGGCGUCAAGGCCCUGAAGUGGACGUGGAAUUUCGACUUCAACCAGGGCUACGUCGGGAGCGGCAUGAUCUGUCCCCACAUCGUCAACUGGAGCAUGCUCUUCGGCGCCGUCAUCAGCUGGGGCAUUAUGUGGCCGCUCAUCACCAAGAAGGAAGGCGACUGGUUCCCGGCCGGCCUCGACAGCCACGACUUCAAGGGCCUCUUUGGCUACAAGGUGUUCCUCACGAUCUCAACAACACUGGGCGAGGGCAUUUACAUGCUUUUGAAGGUCUUUGUCACAGCCGCGCGCGACAUCACCGCUCGCUACAGCCAGGACCGCGCCGCCCGCGCCGCAGCCGCGGAGGGCCUCCCCGGCCCCAGCCGGGACGCGGAUGGUGCGCCUGGCGGCAGCGACGGCAGCGGCGCCACCGCAUACCUGAAGGAUGGGGUGGUGGACACGGAGGGCGGCGCGUGGCCGGCCAACAUUGAGGACUCCCAUGAGCUCGACAAGGCCACCCACAAGGAGGGCGGCCUCCUGGAGUUCAAGGAGACCGCCGCGGAGCGCGAGCUGCGCUCCAACGUCUUCCUCGCCGGCUCUAUCCCAGACUGGAUCAGCCCCGUUGGCUUCCUUGUGUUUGCGGCGCUCGCCACAGGCAUCAUCCCCAUCCUCUACCCGCCAGGCUGGGCCGGCCACGAGGGCGGCGGCGCCAUCGCCGGCCUGGGCAUCUGCGGGGUCAUCCUGUCGUGCACCUCGUCCGCCGCCGUGCUGAUGCAGGACUUCAGGACGGGUUACAUCACCACAUCCAGCCCCCGCGCCAUGUUUGUGUCCCAGGUCAUCGGCGCCCUAAUGGGCUGCUUCCUGGCCCCCCUGGCCUUCGAGCUCAUCUGGGUCACGGGGCAGGUCGGCGUGAAGGGCACGCCCUAUGAGAACCCCUUCGCGGACAUCUACCGCUCCAUGGCGCUGCUGGGCACCCAGGGCUUCGGCUCCCUGCCCCGCUACUGCCCCGCGCUCAUGGGUGUCUUUUUCGUGGCGUCGUUCGCCAUAUGCGGGCUCAGGGACGCCUUGCCGCGGCGCUACGCCAAGUUCGUGCCCAGCCCGAUGGCCAUGGGCAUCCCAUUCUACAUAGGCGCCAACAAUGCCCUUGACUUCUGGGCGGGCAGCCUCAUCACCCACUUCUGGACCUGGGCCUCUCCCAGCACCGCCGACGAGCUGCCCAUGGUGGUGGGCGCGGGGCUGCUGGUCGGCAGCGGCGUAUUUGCCGUCCCCUCGGCCAUCCUCGCGAUCGCAAACGUCAGCCCACCGGAGCUGCAGUACGAGGUGGACAAGGCCACAGGGCUGCAGAGGGUGAAGUACACACCAGAGGGCUGGCAGUACUGGACAUGGCGGGACAGGCGCGUGCACUACAUCGAAGCAGGUGCCAACAACACGGGCGUUCCUGUCGUCCUCGUGCACGGCUAUGGGGCCAGCGCCUACCACUGGCGCUACCAGAUCCCAGCCCUGGAGGCGGCCGGCCACAGGGUCUACGCGGUCUGCCUGCUGGGCUUUGGCUACAGCGAAAAGGCGAUUACCGAAUACUCCAGCGGCGGCCUGUGGGCCGACCAGCUGCGCGACUUCAUCACAGAGGUCGUUGCCCGGCCGCAGUGCAGCGCCCCAGACGGCGCGCCUGCAGACGCGGAGGCGCCCCAGGGCCCCGAGGCGGUGGUGCUGGCGGGUAACAGCUUAGGGGGCUACGCCAGCCUGGUGGCGGCGGCGCGGCACCCCGAGCUGGUCAGGGGCCUCAUGCUGCUCAACAGCGCAGGCCCGAUGAAGGAGGAUCUGGAGGACGACCCAUCCCUCGACGACGUCCCCGGGCCCGUGGGCCUCGGCCCCUGGUGGCGGCCGCUUGUGGACGCGUUCGCUGAAGUGGGCAAGCGGGCCGUGCUGUGGGUCGCGUUCCAGAGGGCGCGGCAGCCGGAGAGGAUCAAGGAGGUCCUGGCCAUGGUUUAUUCCAACGAGAGCUCUGUGGAUGAGGACCUGGUGGAGUCAAUCAGGGUCCCAGCGACCGACCCCAACGCAGCUGAGGUGUUCUACCGCAUCAACAGCAGCAAGGGCGGCGGCGCCCCGCCCUCGGUCAACGCGCUGAUGAGGAAGCUGCGCGCCCGGCAGCUGCCCACGCUGCUGCUGUGGGGAGAGCAGGACCCCUACGCGCCCACGCCUGCGCCCUCGGCGCCGGCGCCCUCUGCUGACUGGCGCGGCGCGGAAGGCACGCCCCUCAGCAAAGACGAGGCGGCGUCGCUGCGCCGGGUGCUGGCGGCGGGCGCCGGCGUGGGUGCUGCGGCGGAUUCAUCCACACUCAGCGCCUCGCGGGCGGGUGAGCUCGCGGCCCUGAUCAGGUCAGGGCUGGAGAAGAGCGCUGAAGACCUGUCAGAGCUGGAGGGCGCCAUACUGGCGGCUGAGCAGGUAUCCCUGGGCCGCCUGCCAGCAGAGGGGCCUGGGGCGCUGGCCGGCGACGGCGCCGCGCGGGACGUGGCGGUGUGGCAGCCCGUCUUCGCGUCCGCGGGCGGCUUCCCCAGGCUGCUCUACAUCCCAGUCCCAGAGUACUUCGACCUCUCCGCCGCCGAGGGCGCCUCAAACUCCCAGCAGGGCCGCAUCAGCCGCCUCAACGCGGGCCCGCCGGGCCCGAGAGGGAAGCCGCCAGGAAACUACGCGAGCGCGCUGGGCCUGGUCGACGUGGUGACUGAGCUGGGGCCGGUGACAACCCAUUUUCUGGGGCCCUGCCUGUGGGCGGACGACCAGACCUUCGAGUACUGGGUGGAGAGCUGCAGGGUGGAGGUGCCGGCGUGGAACGUAAAGUUCACGAUCCCCUUCCGCCUGAGCAACGCGCUGACCUUCUUCUACGUUGACCGGGCCGCCGGCCUCGCCUGCGCGCGCAGCCGCAUAGGCGGGACCAUGCUGCUCGCCGCAGACCCGCCGGCCGGCGCCAAGUAUGCGGGGGCGGCGUCCGGCGAGCCCGGGGCACAGUGA